CAGCUGUGCAUUUACAAUACUCCACCGUGGACACUAACACGGUAUGCGGUGGCGAAUCUUCAUUUUAGCCUGUCUCCUAUUGAAGGGGCUGGCUCGAGCCGAGGAUGUGGAGGUAGUCGAGGCGAUUCCAGGGGAGGAUAAUCGGAACGACAAUUCAGCGUUGAAUCGGCAAGACAACGACAUAAACAGUUCCGAUCAGUUGGCGUUAGAAUCGUUAGGGGAGAAGGACGCGGGGGGUAAUCAUUACAAACCGGGAGGACUGCGAGGGCAUCCACUUCCGCUUCCACCGAGUCGAGGUGGUCUGGGUAUGGCACAUCCAAGACCGCAUCACAACGUCGCUUAUCACGGUCCGCCGCCUCCUUUGCCUCCUUCGAAGACGCCGUCGGAAGCCAUUGACAAGAUCUACACGACGGGCGGUGGUAUUAGCACAGCGGUAGGUGCGGAACCCUGGCCGGCACCCACGCCGGACAUGCCGAAGAUCAUCUCUCUAGACGUGAAGUGCGAGAAGAAUCUGAUGAAAGUUUAUCUCGGCUUCGACAAACCGUUCUACGGUAUAGUCUUCAGCAAGGGCCACUAUAGCAACGUCAAUUGCGUGCACUUGCCGGCGGGUUUAGGACGUACGUCGGUCAACUUCGAGAUUAGCAUACACGCAUGUGGCACAGCCGGGAACACGGAAAAUGGUUUAUACGGGUACGGUGCCGAGUCCGGGUCGGGCACGUACUUCGAGAACAUUAUCGUGGUGCAGUACGAUCCGCAAGUUCAAGAAGUUUGGGACCAAGCGCGUAAACUUCGGUGUACGUGGCACGAUUUGUACGAGAAAUCCGUCACCUUCCGUCCGUUCCCCGUCGACAUGUUGGACGUGGUGCGAGCUGAUUUCGCCGGCGACAACGUCGGCUGCUGGAUGCAAAUACAGGUCGGUAAAGGUCCAUGGGCGUCGGAGGUCUCGGGGCUGGUUAAGAUCGGUCAAACGAUGACGAUGGUACUCGCGAUAAAGGACGACGACUCGAAGUUCGAUAUGCUCGUGAGAAACUGCAUGGCUCACGAUGGGAAACGAGCCCCGAUACAAUUGGUAGAUCAGAGAGGCUGCAUUACCAGGCCUAAGCUGAUGUCACGAUUCACCAAGAUCAAAAACUUCGGCGCCUCGGCUUCGGUGCUUUCCUACGCUCAUUUCCAGGCAUUCAAAUUCCCCGACUCGAUGGAAGUACACUUUCAAUGCACCAUACAGAUAUGCCGAUACCAAUGUCCCGAACAAUGUUCCGAAUCCCCUUUGCUGUUGGAAUCGCAGGGUCUUCUGGAGAAUCAUCAUCAUCCUCCGUCUAAUGGACAUCCCGACUCCAGCUACGGUCUUCCGCCUCCUGUUCCACUUCCUUUGGAAGCUUAUUUGCAGGCGGCAGCUGGACGACCCCGGGACGAGAGGCGAAGAAAAUCGAGAGAAAUAGUACCGGCUCCGCAAAAGGCGGUCGGAGUGAAUCGAAUAAUACGGGUGGUAUCCACCGGUGACCUAACGUUUUCCAUCCACGAUUCGAACAAUGAGGAAGCUAAUGGACCGACGAUGGUGUUUCCCGUACGUAACGAGAAUACCGCGAACGCGGCUAUGAUUUGCAUGACUACCCCAGGUUUUGCCGUUACUCUCAUAGUACUUCUUGCCGUGUUACUUUCCUCCUGUAUACUUUCCACCUACCUCUGUCUACGUCUAAGACCGUUCUCAGGAAAAGCUAAGAAGGCUACGACGUAUUACAAUGGAGAACAAAACGCUCCAAAAAAGUCGACUAGGACGUGUUUUUACUCGUAGGUACAAAACGGUCGCGGCAGUUUAGCAAACGGUACGCUGUCGAUCGAUGCAACUUUUUCUCUUUUUCCAUCGCGCGAAGAAUCAUCGAAUCAUACGGGUCGUACACUUCCUGUACGACACCGUUCGACUGCUUUCCUAGCGUUUAAUUAUCUAAAAAAGAAAAAAAAAUAUAUAUAUAUA